UUACCAUUUUUUUUUCAAAGCAUCUUCAUUAGAGUUUGUCAUCAGAAAACCAUGUGGACACAUCUACUCUCCAUCUGGAGCAUCUCACAAAACUCGUCUAUCCAAGGAGUGUUAUCAUUAACCAGGGAGCUAGGACUCCACUUGUGAACUUUGUUACAAAGUGCUGGGGGAAAAGUAGAGCAGAGGCAAUAAUAAACUUAAUCAGAGAGCAAAGAAGAUAACCAGGCUGUUGAUUGGCUCAUGGGAAGACCAGAGCAAGGGUCCGUAUGAAAGUACAGACUUUACAAAAUGCACGUCAGGGCUCUGACAAAAUGGCUGCUUCACUCAUCCUCACAGGUUAUGGUUACUGCAAGCCUGUAUUUUGUGGUUGUGCAAGUUGAAAUUGAUGAGUUUAGGAAUUACAUAAAGCUUUUGAAUCUCAUGCAGAUAUUCACAGACAGUCCAAAUCUUCAGCACAUCAAGCUCAAAAACAUAAAACAUCCUCAUUUGAAUGAAGAGUCCUUCAUGCGCCCUUGGUGUUUGAUGUGCAAAACGCCUGUUUUGUCUCAAUCAGUGUUGCGUAACUAGUCAUAAAAUGGGAAGUGUCCCUGUAAUGUCUUCUCCUAGAUUGCUCUCAGUUCAUUCUGCCAUAGUCUUUGAGCAAGGCUGCUGAGAAGUUAUAGAGAAAGUUACAAAGAAGUUGACCACCAGAAUAGAAAACCUGAUUAUUCUCACAAGAUUUGUUGCACUUUUGUGUUGUUUUGGCUUCUAGAUCACCAUAGAUUUGAUCCCAGACUUCAGGUGUUACUUCAUUUAAAUCCUCUCCUGAUGAUGUCAGGCACGUCUGUGUUUGUGAUUCAACCUCGUGUUUCAUUGCUUGCUAAGGAAAUGGCCUAUCCCACAAGGCUAUGUGUGAGUCUGUGAAACCUCUGCAGAACAGGAAAUGGUGGAUAUUGGAUGUUUUUUCAGGUUCUCAUAAUUAUGAUAACUAUUGUUCUACAUGUGAGGGAUUCUUCAUCAGAACUAGUGAAGUAGGCCGAAAUGGUUUCAAUAUUUGCCAGACAGGAAAAGCUCUCCUCAUUUCUGCUAAUUUGGCUCUUUUGUUAGAGGUGAACAUUAAAUACUUGAUCAGGUCAUUCUCUAAGAACCUCUCGCCAAGAAAAAAGUGUUUAGAGUUCAAAAUCAGUGGAGGAAACCAGAACUUUUUCCAUUGAGUCAUGUGACCAUUUCGGUUAAGCCUGCUCGCCUUUGUUUGAAGCUUGUAAUUGUCCCUGCAUGUUUUAACCCCAUUUAUCCUUUCGGGACCUCACAAUGUAGGGGGCUGUCACCCACCCAACAAUCUGUACCCACUCUGGUGCCGCCUUACGUCUGAUGGGACACUCUUAAUCAAUGUGUGGGCAAACAUUAAGGGGCCUAUAGAGAUGGAAAUGAGGCCUUUGCGGCCCUGCAGCUGAGAUGCUGGUGCCCUAACGCCUCAACAGACUGUCAUGGAAUCACAAAAGAGAUUGGUCUGUAAUGACCACCCGUCCUUUGACUGCUGCUGGGCUUGUGUACUUUCUUUCAUUUCUGUACCGGCUGAUGUCAUUCAGAUUCGUCAUUUAAAGGUGGUUUCAAGCUAAUUGUAACUUAAAGGACAAUACAAGCAUGAAUAACAGCAUGUUGUGAUGUCUAGUGGAUAACAUUGUACAUUUGUGUACUCCACUCCCAAAUUGAGUCUUUUGAGUUUUACAUAAUCGUUUAAAUACGUAUCAGGAUAGUACGUGAGUAGUAACAUCCUUUUUUUUUUUUAAGCUGACACUCUCUGUAAGAAUUAAAGUAUUUAAAACCACAAUUAAAACUGCUUCAUAAUGUAGAAGGAUUGGAGCUCCAAAUAACAUGAUAUUUAAUUAUGGCUUUCACCAGCAUUACAGUAAAAAAUCUAAUUAAGUCUGAUUGUGAAAUGUCUUUUCACAAAUACUAAACCACAAAAGGCUGUGUAAAACAGACUAUAAGUACUGUAAAAUAUAAUUAUAAUUAACAGUAAAUACAGUUUUUCAUACCGCAGGUCUGUUUGCAGAGUUAUGCUAAAUGAUCACAUUGACUAGCUAAAAUCUAGGUGUGAAAAAGCUUUGAUUUCAAUCAUGUCACGUAUACGGACUACUCUGUACAUACGUUUACCUUUUUCAGUUUUGGUGCUUUUGGUAAAAGCUUAAUUGACCCCUUUUCUUGUGUAGAAUGGCGUUUAGGCUAGUGAUUACAGCGAGAUGCACUGAAUGAAUUGAAUCCGCUCACAUAAAGUUCUCGCUUUUGGUUUGCUCUUUCUUUGUAGAUGGUUGUGCAGCCUUUUGUAGGAUGGUCAGACUGAUGCUAAACACCAAGCUGCCACAUUUAGGAAAAGAAUUGUGACUUUGACGCUCUCGGGCCAGCGAAUUCUCCUAUGAAGUUCUAGCUCCUCCACCCCCCCAUUCUAGAUGAAUCACUCCCUUGUAGGAGCACGUCCUCGGGCAGACGCCUAUGUAGAGAGAGCCCUGCACAGUGACUCUGGAGCAGUACGAAAGGGAAAAAACAAUGUGACUCUUAUUUCAGGCAGGGGAGGGGGGGCUGUACGUGAUGUGAUGCUAGGGAGUCGCUUCGGCUCAGCCGAGAAGCCCUGCGCGUCAGCACACACUGGAGUGUGAUGGAUGACCCCUGCUGCAACCACCAGCCUGGUUGUCACUCAGGCGAACGGCAAUAGCAAACAGCUGGCAGACCGGGCGCGAUUGGCUGAAUUGAGUCACAUGGGUUGGCUUUUGGGGGCGGAGCCUUUAAAGUGGGUGGCUGACGGACGUCACAGCCCCAGUUGGCUGAUGUUUUGGCCUUGUACUUUAGCCUGCAUCCUUGCUCUGGAGUUUAGGACAUGUAACGUUGCAACAAGCCAAAAGGGGGCGGGAGGGGAGGUGCAGAAAUGAUAGAGUGAAUAAGUGAAAAAAGAGCGAGUGAGGUAAUGCACAAUGACUGACGAUAACAUCGCCAAUAGAACUGGGUCCAAUAAGAGCAUUCACAAAUCUUGCUUUAGAUUUUUUCACCCAACAAGCUUCUUUUUCAUGGGAGGGAAAAGGCAGCCUUGACGGCUAGAAAUCAUGUGUGGUCACUGCAUGUCUGUUUAUGUGUGCACGUAUGAGACACAGAGAGAUGUUCUCAGCAUCAGCUCGAUGAAGGCUGUAUUCUUCUUGGCUUCACAAAGAGCUCUAUUAUAGCAUGCCGUAAGAGGCAUAUCUGCCUAGUUCUCUGUCAAACACCCCUCCAGUGGUUUUCCUUCUCUUAGUCUUCCAAAUAAAUGAUGGAGAACCCUCCGUGGCAGCUCGCCAGCCUCAAAAACUGACUGGCUAGCACAUUAUUUACAGUGACUCAAACUGUUCUCACUUCUGUAAAACUAAAAUGCUCUACAGAAUGUUUUAGUCGGAUUUGUUCAAUGACGCCAUUUGCACUGCACUCUUCUGUCACUUGAUUUUUAUUUUGGUGCAUUAAUCUGUUUUUUUUCCAAAAUAAAUUAUGAUCUGCACUCACAAGAAUAGUUUUCUUUUUUAUGUUUUAUUUUACAUUCAUCACAAUCUGAUUUGUUUGCACAACUUUUUCAGAAUAAUAAUUGAUGUUGUUUUUUGCUAUUUUGUUUGCCUUGAGUGCUGUUUCAUGCAGUUGUGAGGGAAUCCCUUUGCAGGAAUGGCGCAUUCACUCAGAUCAGUUUCAGGAUGUGUGUGCACAGCAUCGUGGGCCUCUUUUCAGGACGGCUUGUAGGAGCUUGCCGGUUUACCAGGACUGAAAAAUGCCUGGAGGUACCCCCACGCACCUCCUCCUCCUCUUCCUACUCCUGGUUUCUUUGUGUUCUCAGGUGUACAGUGAAUUUAGAGUCUACUUCAUGAAACCAGUGGCCACGCCUAUACCUCAACGGUGCAUGAAAGAGAGAUGGUUAUCAGAAGCAUCUUUAUACUUUUAUUGUAAAGCACAGUUCAGCUAACACCACUUUAUAAGCCAAACCUUCAGUCCUUCUGCGGCUUUUUAGAUUCAUUAAAAAUAGGCCACUUUCAUUCAUGCCGACUAAUGUGCACAAUACCCCAAAAUAGUUUUUGCUUUUACAUUUUUACUUGGUGGUUGUGCCACAUUAUAUCAAUUUAAUAUCUUUAUGGACAAUAGUAUAAAUGCUUAAAUGAGAGUAGAUUUUUAAGGACUUGAUGUGUUUUAAAUUGAAUGUUCCCGCUCUGAAUUCUGAAUUAAUUGGACUUAAAAUCAGUUUUAGGCAUGCAUUGAACAUUCUUUAUGUGCUUCCAGUUGUUGAUUGUAUCCUUUAUUAUCACCAAUGAUCUUCAAAGAAAAGUUGAUCAGUGGUAGAUGUGAGUUGUACAUCUAAAAGACCCAAACUUAAUUUAGUUGUUCAGUAAAACUGACGUGAGCCAUGUACUCGGUGAGGUUUGGAGAGCCCUCUGUGUGCCUCUGGAUUUAUGGAGCUGAGCUGUCACUGCUGCCCCUCGAUGAAUGUUCCAUUUGUUGCACAGAUAGACAACUGUCAAAGGAGAACGGCAUGGGCCACCCCGACUAGCUCUGGCGAGAGGGUGGAAUGGGGGAAAGUGGGCGGGAGAUAAGAGGAAUUCCCAUGUGACUGCUUCCCAAGAUGAUUCUUUUUCCAUGGAUGAAUCUAAGGUUCCAGUUUUGCCCAUGAAGCAAAAUUGAAGAAAAAAACUUGAGUACAAAAUCUAGACCUUUAAUUGUUGCACAAAGCAAAUGUCUUUAUAUCCACGGAUCGCAGUCGAACCCAGUCAUAGAGAAUGUCAUCUUAGCAAGUCGGACAAGGGAAAGAUCUCUUGGUCUUCCUGCAGGAACAUGUCUGCUAAAUAAAGGAGCGAUCACAACAACAAGAACAACAGGAGGGAAGGAGAUUAGAUUCGCAGAUCCUCCUUUCACCCAGUCCUCUACACCUCACGCACUGUUUAACCAGAGUAAGCCUGGGAUGAACGUCCCCAUGUAGUCUUGCAUCAUUGUGAUUCUUUUCAUUCACGGCUCUUGUUUCUAUAUCAAGGAAGUGUUCUGAAAUGGCUGGCCUGUCUUAGACGGACUGGUGGGUACAGCGAUAUUCUUUGAGAGCGCUUGUACACACACACACACACACACACACACACCAUCUGUAAUGAGGGCGGACAGUGUAUGCUUUUUCCAGGCAGCUGUCAAUGGCACACUGAUCUGUCAGCAUGGACCCUACAUCUGCACCCCUCUGUAACUCACACCACAGCUCUCCACAGAAACCGGGCAUGAGCCAGCGUCUGUCUUCGCUUACAAGAACUCUAUCUCUGCAAACCCAACCUCUUUUUUUUUUUUGUGAGAGAAUGCAGUUCUUUCUCUUACCGCCCAUGCAUAUUUGCAUGGAUAUGGAGAUGAGCCUGAAUGCAAGGCAGUCCUGUUCUCAGACUUCGCUCAUGUGAGCAGUCGACUGCUCUCGCAGUACCCCACUGUGAAGUCUGGCCAAUCCAAGGCACCAUAUGUGUCCUUCAGACCCAAAUAAAUGCCUGCUGUCUGCAAGAACGAAGGGUCUAAGACUUGUUCCUGUCGCAGGCACCUGUGAGGCUUUACAGCUAAGUCGUCCUUUGCCAAUCACCCCUCAAUUUGCAUGCUUGUUUACAUCAUCUAUUAAUCUCUGAAGAGCCAGGAACUACCGAGCCUGUGCCACAGCUGGGACUAGAGGUCCCCCAACCCCCUUAAAGCAUCCAAAGAGCACAUGUGCACCAAAUCUUCCAGUGCGUCCUUGCAACCCUUCAAGGAUCUGUCUUAAAGCCAUUGAGCAAGAAAAGGCUAUGUGUUUUAUGAUUUGGAAGCUUUGAACAUGUUUAGUGCAUCUGAGAUGCUCGCACAGAUACAGAGCUUGUUUGCAUGAAGCAAGCUCACCCUAAGGCGAAGCAGCCAGGGUUGAUUUGGAAAUGAAAGCCACUUCCUGCGCAGUUUAGCAUGUCGCCUGUUAUGAUGUAUGCUUGACUCAGGUGUUGAAUUAUGUUGAAGAGUAAAACAGUCGAUCACACAGACCAAUGCCACAACUUCAUUGCAGAAUCCCUUAUUUUAUUCAAAGCUGAACCCAAAGUUGCUCCUUUGAUAUGUCACCAUUUUGCAUUCAUAGUUUCUUCUUUCUUAUUGUUAGUCGUGUUACCAUGAACAAUCAGUCACCAGACAAAACUGGAUGUGCCGUCUUGUCAGUGGUUGAUGUCAACAUCUUUGCAAAUUUGCCUGGGAAGCAGAAAAUCGUGAAUAAGGAUUUUCGUUGCUGAGAAGAUUACUGGGGCUUGUGACGUGUCUGCUUUUGCCUUCUUUGGUUUGAUGGGCAAAUGCUAUUCUCUGUUCUGCUCUAAUAUAAACCAUCAUCUGUAAAAGGAACUCAAACCUCACUGGAGUUUCCACAUGUUGCCACACAAUGGCUGGUCAGAUGAUUUCAAUUCGCUAUGUCUUUGCUUUUGAGUGCAUUGCCGGCACUUCUGCUGAAUGAUUGAGAAACAUCCUGAGGGGUGCUUUCACCCCUCACUUGUACAAGAAAUGUAACAUAAUUUUUGGUAUCACCAUGUUUCUUUGGACAUUGAAGCAUGGUACAUUGUACUUUAUUAUCAUGGUAAUACCAUUGCAUUCUUUGAAGCAAGUAUGUGUUGCAUUCGAUACGUUGACACAAGAGGUUUUGUAACAGACAUUAGUACAAACUGUCUUCUUCUAUGGUCAUGCUUUUUGAGUCAUGGCAUUAUCAUUUAUACAUUUAUACAUUUAGCAGACGCUUUUAUCCAAAGCGACUUGUAGUGCAUUCAGCCUAACUUUUUUUUUACCUAACAAUUGUUUGAAGAUUGUUAAACCUUUAUUAUUUAGGAAUCUUACUAUAAAUAUAAUACGACACAUCAACCCCCUUGAGUACUGGAGGUCAAUUACACCUCAUCAGAAUAAGAAUGUGUUUCAAGCAUAUAAUGGGAUGGUAUUAUUGCAUUGUGUCGGCUGUGAAAUUACAUCUCCACAUGACCCUUUUGGCAUAAGUCCCACUUCUGAUGGCAAUGCUCGCAAACUCAACCCCAAUAAAUAUAUAUUCUGAAAAAAUAUUCUCAAGAGUGUAGGUUUUGUUCGAGUAGGACUUGGUGUCAAAUGCUUGUCGUUUGUGGCAUAGUCUAACUGCUGUAAUUAGUAUCAGCCCUGGUGUGUACGGUUUGCAUUGAUAAGGAUACGAGACCUCAGGGUGGUGCUGGUUCUGGUAACUCCCGUCCUCCGCCCCCUCUCUUCCCCUCAGUGUCUCUGGUGUUUAGUAGAAACAAAGCAAACAAGCCAGGGAGAGAGCAGUUAACUCUGUGCGCUCUUUCAGCAGCAAACGAGCAAACUGGCCUGUCCCGUUUGUCCAGAUUCUCACCUUGCUCUUUCUUUAUCUGCGCCACCUAGCAUGCUCCUUUCAUUCAUCAGUUUUUUUUUUCAACCCUUUCUUUUAAACUCUAUACUUUCCUGUCUUUGCGUCAGGUCCCAUCUCCUGUCUGUCUUUCACAGGUUUUUAUCUUGGCCUCUCGCUAUUGUAACUGAUAUUGAGGGGUGAUGUGCUAGGCAGAAAGCAGCGCUAUCUCAGCGCGCCAACUGCUCUCAAACACGUUGGUUCCUGCACUUGUCUGUGCCUGUCAUCCAGCCUGAAACAGAGCAGUAGCAUUCUUUCACACACACACACACACACACACGGAGGCGGAGGUAAUCACAUAGUGUGCAUACACAAACAGGUUUAACCCAAAAAUGGAUGUAGCCCAUACCUGAACUAAUUAAACAUAAAUUUAGCCAAAAUUAAACCGUUUCCUGGCACGAAAGAAUGAAAUGCAACUUGCAGCGGUUAAUUGUGGUUCAUCGCAGGGAAUCUCUCUCUUUUUUUUUUCGACUGCUUUAACUUUUUUUCCACAAACUAUUUGUAAAACUCUGAAUCGAGUGACUCAUCUAAUUAGUUGUUUGCGGAGAAAGUGUCACUAUACCUGGUGCUCAUACUUGAGGUUUUAAACAAACUCUAUAACCAUAGCAGUAAACUUAGUGGCAUAAUUUUGUACUUGAGUAAUGAUGGGAGAUUAAGUCACAAGACUGAUACACAAUCACAUGACUAUUUUGAUGCGAUAUGAAUCUACACUACCAUUGGUGAGAUUUGUAAAAAAAAAUUAAGAAGACACAAAGGCUGCAUUGAUUUAGUUUGAAAUACAGCAAAAAUUCCUAUGCUGGAAAAUCUGCAUUUUCAAAAAAAAAAAUAUUGUUUUCUACACAAAUCAUUCUAAUAUGUUUAUUUGCUGCUCAAGAAACAAUGUUGAAAACAGUUUGUGCUGCUUCAUAUUUUUAUAUGAAUAUAAAUGUCCAUUUCUUUAAAAUAAAAAAAAAUGUAAACUUACUAAAUAUGUUACAGUCACGUAACGUUUGAUCAGUUUUAUGCAUCCUUGUCAUCAUACUGACCCUAAUCUUAUCUACGGUAAUGCAUUUGCUAAAUUGUCUAACCAUAAACUAAGUUUAUAUGCAAAUUUGCCAUUUUAUCCCUAAAAUGUGCAUUAAGAUGUGAAUGGAAUCUCUUUUACAGAGACUUGGGUAUAAUAUGGAUGCAACUUUGCUACAAAUGUACUAUACAUUUUUUACAAAAAAAAAAUAAAAAAAUACAUUUGUUAAAUCACUGUGCUAAUGCAUCAGGGAUGCUGGCUGUGUAAAACCAAUCUGUUCAUUUGCUGAUGUAUUCCUCACUUUGUCUCCUUUUCUCUGACUGCUGUGUGAUUCACACUAAAGCCAAUAACAGUCGCUGAACACAGUCAGUGUCCUGUCAUCAUCAUCAGAGCAGUGUAACGUGGGAGAAGACGCGCAAGAUGGGUGUAUUUGAUGGGGACAGAGCUUAAACUCCACACACACACACACACAGGCGUGGCGAAAAUGUCUCCUCCAGCAGGCCAUUAUACCUGCCUCUCAAUUAGACCGAUUUACCAGCCGUUAAUCUGAUAAUCUCUGUCCUGUCUCUCUCAUCCCAUCCUCCAUCUCUCCUUCACUCGUCUCUCCAUCUCGUCUCCAUCCCCCACCACCAACGGAGAAGUUUCCUGUGAACUUUUUAUGGUCAUCUGUCUUCAGUCAGUUACGUCCCCCUCUCCCUCUCUCUAAUUUAAAGACACAUGCUCCAUCACCCCCUCUCCACGUCUCUUCUUUUGAAAAGCUCCUGCACAAAGAGGAUAAAGCUACUGUGAGCAGUGGUUGCUGACACACGAGGUGCACUGCGAUCCCUCUUCAAACCCAGAACGGCAGCAGAAUAACACAACCUCGUCUGAGGACGGUUAUGGAAAAUUCAACAGAGGAGGCAAGAACCCUCACUAGGGAGGAGGCGGAGCAAAGUGAUGCACGCCAGAGCCCCGCCCCCAAAGGAGCACAAACAACGCACACAGAGAGAUCUACCAGUGUAGAGGAGGAAGCAAAUGAAUGGGAGAACGGACAGAAUAGAUUAGACGGAGAGAUGGAGGUAGCCGAUGGGGUGGACCUGUCUUCCAUUAAAUCCAUGAUGAGCACUGUGAUGAAAGCAGCUCAGCUUAACGGCAGCGUAGACUCCGCCCACACCACGCCCAGUAAGGUGUCCGUCAAAAGCCCCAGCACCAACCGCAGUGGAAGAAAGACCCAGGAAGCCAAAGAUGACAGCGGGAGUCUCGUCUGUCCACUGUGUGAUAAGAGCUUUCAGACCCAACACCAGCUCACCAUGCACAUCCGCCAGCACAACACCAAUAGCGGGGCUUCGGACCACUCUUGCAGUAUCUGUGGGAAGUCUCUGAGCUCGGCUAGCUCUCUAGAUCGUCACAUGCUAGUGCACAGUGGAGAGAGACCCUACGAAUGCUCUGUGUGCCAUCAGACCUUCACCACCAAUGGCAACAUGCACAGACACAUGAAGAUCCACGAGAAGGACUCGGCCAGCUCCUUCCCCAACAGUCCGACUCUGUCUCUACAUAAGCGACGACGUACAUCUACAGCGAAACGCAAACCAAGCCACGAUGAAGACACUGAGAAGACCGAGGAGACAACCAGCAAAAAGGUCAAAGAGGAUAGCGUUGUAGAUGAGCAGAGUUUGAACAGAGGACAGGAUGAAGUCUUGACCUGUCCUGUCUGCUUCAAGACCCUCACCUGCAGAAACGAGUUUGAUGCCCACAUGGAGACCCAUCCUGACAAUACACUGAGAUGUGAUUUAUGCUGCAUCUCAUUCCGGACACACCGAAGUUUGCUCCGCCACAAUGCAGCUACCCAUAAGCAGCUACCCACAGACCCCGACGGACGACCCUUUAUUCAGAACAACCCGUCCAUCCCUCUCGGCUUUAAUGAUCUGGCUUUCAUUGACUUUUCAUGCCAGAAGUUCCCGCAAAUUGCCCAGAUUUGGUGUGAAACCAACCUCCGGCGAUGCACUGGCAAAUUCCAUCGUUUUGUAUGUGACACAUGUGAUAAGGCAUUCCCUCUCAGCUCGGCUCUGGACUUGCACAAAGCCUCACAUGAGACUCCCAGUUGCACCCAAGAGACAACUUCACCCUUAAUUACGAAAGAUGAGCCUCCCUCUCCUGAGAAAAGUAGCUUCAUGGACUCCAUGGGCUUGCAGCACAUCUCUCAGGUCAAGCCUGUCCCCUCAGAAGAGGAUGUUCAGCAGGCCAAGCUAGAUAGCAUUCGGGUUAUCCACGUGGACCAGAAUCAGUCCUCUGUACCUCAGGAGGAUGUCCUUGUGGGUGGGGUUAACCCGUCUCUUGUAGACCCGAUGACUCUUCAUGGUCUGUCCCAUCAAGAGGCUCUCAAACUGCUAUCCUUUCAGCCCUUUCAGACUGGCUUUCUGGUGCAGCCAGAUGGUGGUAUGGUAGUGAAGCCAGUUUUUGGUGAAUCCAACAUGGAACUCGCUGAUAUACAGCAAAUAAUCAAAGUAGCUUCUGCUGCCCCUAACCAGAUCACGCUCCCACCCUUAUCUAAGGCGCCUUGUAGUGCCAUGCAGUCGGGCUACAAGCAGAUGCCUCCACUCAAGCCAAAGCCAUUGGUGGCUCCCAGAACCAGUCUUGUAGCUUCAACUCCACCACCCCUAAUGAAUACCCAGCAAGCUUCUCUGGGCUGUAUCAGCCCUAGCCUCCCACCUCCUGCCAGCCAUCCUCUCAAGACAGUUCAGGACCUCUCCCCAUCUUCCUCAUCCAAUUCUGCCAACAACCACGCUUCGGCAGAGAGGAUACAAAUGGAGGCCGACUGCAUGGGAGAUGCCCAUACCCCAAUGGACAUGGAUGAAAGACACAUCAAACAGGAGAAUGGAAAUAUAGAAGAGACCACUGGAAAGAAGGGAACAUCUCAAAAGGGAUCGUACCCCUGCAGAUUUUGUGACCGGGUCUUUGCAUUUUCUGGUGUACUGCAGGCACAUAUGCGAUAUCAUUUGGGCAUCCUGCCCCACCAAUGCAAUAUCUGCGACUAUGUUGCCCCAGACAAAGCAACGCUGAUCCGUCAUUUGAGAACACACAGUGGUGAGCGUCCCUACGUCUGCCGGCUCUGUCAUUACCCAUUUACUGUAAAGGCUAACUGUGAGCGACACCUUCGCAAAAAACACAUGAAAAGCAAUCGCAAAGAGAUUGAGAAAAACAUUAAGUAUGUUACCUCAUCCACAGCAGACCUGCUGGAGCAGGCAGGAACGAGUGAAACUACCUGUCGCUUCUGCGGGGAGGAUCUAAAGACCUUCCGAGCCCUGCAGAUACACUUACGCACACACAAUGGCUGCCAGCGCAAGCCUUUUGAGUGCAAGCGUUGUGGAGCAGCUUUCCUUGCAAAGCGUAACUGUAUCCAUCACCUUCUGAAACAACAUCCAGAGGUCCAAGAGCAGGAUUUUGAAGAGCACAUAAUCACUCUUCUAGCUGCAUCAACCAAAAAUAGCCCAAACCCUUCUCCUCUCAAUGGGGUUUCUCCUAGCACUGUAGUGCAGCCUAUCAAAGUUGAGGACCUUAGCUUUUACAACAUAGAUAUGGAUCAACCUCUGGACUUCUCUAACAAAAGCCGUGGGAGCAGCAGUGCUGGAAGUCUGAGUGGAUCUCCUGGGAUCAAAACUGAACCUGUCUCUUAUGAAUCUAGCAUGGAACCAAUUGAUCUCUCUAUUCCUAAGAAUCCUGUGAAGAAGCUUAAACAAGACAUUGAGGCCACACUGCCAAGGGAGGUUAAGAAAGAACAGUCAUCCAUUAGCAUACUUGCACAAGCUCUUCAGGCCGAGAAGUCUAUUGAUGAGAAGCCUGAACCUCUUGGAUGCUACCAGGUCCCUGUUGCUUUGUCCUCCAAUGCUGCAGGAAGGCUCUUGCGUUUAAAGCCACUGCUUCCUAAACCUUCCUCCGCUGCUGUGAAGGAGCUUCCACCACUAGCGUCCAUUGCUCAGAUCAUUUCCUCAGUUUCUGGUGCCCCUGACCUUCUUAAACGGGACAACACUAGUAGUCUUCAGGCUGAUUCUGAUAUACAUGGCAAGCAAGAAUCACUAGAUAUUGUGACAGAGGAUCUUUCACUAGAGAGUUCAAAGAAGAGGUCCAGGAAAAGGCCUUCCAACAGAACAGCGAAGGAGAAACCUGUGAUGAAUGCCACAGACCCAAAUAUUGAUUUGGAGUCUAGUGGGGAGUUUGCUAGUGUUGAGAGGAUGUUGGCAACCACUGAUGCCAACAAGUUCAGCGCCUAUCUUCAGACCAACACAAUUGAGUUGGCAAGAAAAGGUGGACAGAAGCCAGGUGCUAGUGACGAGAAAGAGGUGAAAGAUGAGAAACACUUGCUGGCCCAGAAGACCGUUCAAUCCCAACAGUCCAAAGGAAAGAAGAAUGCAUACUCAAAUUCUGUGCAAAAGAUGACUUGCCCCUUUUGUCCCAGAGUUUUUCCUUGGGCCAGCUCGCUUCAGCGCCACAUGUUAACACACACCGGUCAGAAGCCAUAUCCUUGUCCUCAGUGUGAUGCCUUCUUCUCGACCAAGUCCAACUGUGAGCGACAUCUUUUACGCAAGCAUGGCGUUUCCAACCGAGUGCUUCGACGCAAUGGAGCAAUACCCAAGACUAGGGAAGCAGAGGAAGGCUCACAAGAGAGUGCAGAGAGCACAUCUGAGACGGAGCUUCCAGUGAGUGAGGCAAUGGAUCUCACAAGAUCAGACCCUGAGAAACCUUUAGCAUCAGAUGCUGAGAAACCUUCACCAGCUAAGCCCACAGAGACAGCCAUGGUAGAGUCUCUUCCUCACAGAGAAGAGGAGGACCCAACAGCCCUCGAGUCUCUGAAGCACAGUGACCCAGAAAAAGAGGAUGGCGAUUCCCAUAGCAAUAAGACCCUUGACUUGACCUUUGUUUCCAAGCCAAAGGAUUUCAAGAUCCCUGAGAAAGACCAGCCGCAGUCCUCCUCUGCAGCAGAUAGUGACAUGUCGGACAAAGCAACACCUCCGGAGGAGUCCAAAUUGACCUGCAAGAGUUGCAAGAAGAGCUUCCGCUACGCCGCCACCUUGACCAGACAUGAGAAAGUUCACCAGCAGGAUCUAGCAUCAGACUCAACAAAUGGACCUGAACAAACCCUCACACAAUCAGAUGAUGCAAUUGUGCCUUGUGAAAAUAAGAAAGAGGUUACAGAAGAAGAGCUGGACAGUGUAAGGAAGGGCAGAGCAGAGGACGAGGGUUCGGGCAGUGUGGUGGAGAGCGGAUCUGAGGAGGAUAAAGAGGAGAGGAGUGAUGAAGAGGAAGCUGCAACUGAACCAAAGAGUGCUGAGGGAGAGACUGAAGAACGUGGCAGCAAGCCGGACAAGAGGAAGAAGGUGUGCGGUAUAUGCAACAAACGUUUCUGGAGCCUUCAGGACCUCACCAGACACAUGCGCUCUCACACAGGUGAGAGGCCUUACAAGUGCCAGACAUGUGAGCGCACUUUCACCCUCAAGCACAGUUUGGUCCGACAUCAGCGAAUCCAUCAGAAACUCCGUGGAGCGGAUAGUGAUGGGGUCACAGGUGGACCCGACGAGGACGGCUUCAGCGGGCAUUCGGCUAGCGAAGGCGAGAGCACACCCACCAGCACCAAUCCACCCUCUGAGAACGAAAGCGAAUUAACAGACACUGUGAAGGAAGAGCCAACCUCACGGGAGAAAGAGGAGGAUUGUGGACCCCCUGCGGAAGCUGAAGAGCUUCAACUAACCUCUAAGACAAGACCAGCAACAGAGACACCCAAAGAAACUCCAGCACUGGAUCCACCCACCGACUUGGAGCCGUCGGAGGGAUUCAUCCAAGGUUUACUGGAGAUCCACACCAAGCCCACUACUGAGCACAUUUUGCCCUCGCCUGAGCCGCCUCUGCUCGGCGUGGAGUGA